AUGCCUCAGAAGGAUGUCGCUGCCUCCUUCACCAAUUAUCUCAGAAAGGCUUCAAAGCUCCGUUGCCCCGUUGAAGAUUGUGUUAUUGAGUUUCCUGAUAUUGAAGACCGAAUAAAAACACAUCUGUUAUCACAUCAUCGUAAUCUAUUAGAAGGCCGAGAUGUAGCCCUUGUCGUUCAACAAGUCAAGAAAGGAGACCCUGAAGCACUUAAGUUACCGGGACCUGGCGGUGGGCAGAAAGAUAUCCCGGAAGAUAAAGACGGGGGGAAUGAUGUUGGCCCUUAUAAAAGACGUAAAUCCCCGGCUUUAUCAAUAAAAGGUCGUCCUAGAUCCGCAAGUCCUCCCAGACGGUCUAGAGCCCGGGUUACGUCGGGUACUGCCAACGACCCUGAAUUUAAUAGAGCUGCUCAAGUAGGGAAACUUUGGAACCCGGACGAUGUUGCAUCCCCUUCGUCCCCACGCCCCAAGCAACCUCCUAGGCCAGCGAGGAAUAUUAGCCAGCCCAAGAGUCGAACAGACGUUGCCGAAGAUGAUGGUGAAUCUACUAAGCUCAUUAAACAGCCCGAAACUCGGCCAAUUAGCCAGGAACAGCUGAUAGCCGAGGUCAAGGGUAUAUAUGCAGGGCUUGUGAUGGUAGAGUCGAAAUGUAUUGAAGUCGACAACGCCCAGUCGACACAGAAUGAUACGAAACUGAACAAUGAACAAUGGCAGGCUCUAAUCGCAUUACACAGAACGCUACUUCACGAACACCACGACUUUUUUUUAGCCUCGCAACACCCUUCCGCCAGUCCGGCUCUUCGACGGCUGGCAUCUAAGUACGCUAUGCCAGCCAGAAUGUGGCGUCAUGGCAUCCAUUCUUUUCUUGAAUUAUUACGCCACCGGCUGCCACAUUCUCUUGAGCACAUGUUAACAUUUAUUUAUCUGGCUUACUCUAUGAUGGCCCUUCUCUUCGAGACCGUUCCAGCGUUCGAGGAUACCUGGAUCGAGUGUUUGGGAGAUUUGGGAAGAUAUAGGAUGGCUAUUGAAGACGACGACAUCCGCGAUAGAGAGGUCUGGACUUCGGUGUCUCGACACUGGUAUUCGAAGGCGUCCGAUAAGGCACCUACCACGGGGCGGCUGUACCAUCACCUUGCGAUUCUCGCCAGACCUAACCCCUUACAACAGCUUUACUAUUACACCAAAUCUCUCUGCGUGCCUAUCCCUUUCCCCUCCGCUCGGGAGUCAAUUAUGACUUUGUUUGAUCCCAUUCUUGACCCGACAAGCCCCCAGCAUUCGAGGCUGAACCCAAUAGAUGUCACAUUCGUCAAAAUAAACGCGAUUCUAUUUAGCAACAAGUUCCCUGAAGAUUUCCUCCCCGUACUUGAUAAGUUUUGCGGCGCGCUAGAUAACCAUAUUGGUAGAACUACUAGGAAAUGGAUGGAAUCUGGGUAUUACAUAGCUAUCGCUAUUUGCUGUAGCCUCUUGUCUUACGGCCAGGAUGAUAAUGUCAUCAUCAAGGCACUUCGCCCACAUCACACCGAGGAAUCAGCUGAGUCGGACCCGAGCUUCGAAAAGGCUAUUUCCGAAUAUAAGCCGAGUAGAACGGAGGAGGGCUCUCUGAAACUCCUCGAAGGCACAUGUGGUGUUGUCUUACGUAGACUCGGCGACCUCAAUACUCUCCCAUUUCUACACGUGGUUUUAGUCUUCAUAUUUCAUCUGACGCACUUUCCUGGCGCGAUGCCAUACAUCGAGAAAAGGUUCCCGUGGAAACUAGUCUCUCUUCAACUAAAUUCGCUCCUCCUCUCUUACCGGGAGCAUCAUAGAAUCGAGGAUGAGCAGUUCCCUAGGCAGGAUAAGGAGUUUGCCCCUCGACCGUUGCCGGAAGACUUUGCUACGAAGGGUCUUGUUUGGGUAGACAAGUAUUUCCCCAACGAUUGGUUCUCCAAUGACAAAAUCGACGAUGACGAGAAGUAUUUUGAAGUGGCAUCCAUGACGGAUGACCGCAAAGAAAGGAUUCUUUGGCUUGGGUGUCGCAUUUCGAAAUUCGCCAAAUGGCUUACCUACGAUGACAAGUCACAUCAAUUUGGUGUUGUAUCCUCCUACGAAAAGGAGAUAGAUAACGUUUCCAAGGAUACUGAUAUGAUGACCGUCUCUGAAACUGGUGAAUCGGCUUCUCGCGGCUCUACGUUUGACUCCAUAACCACCAUGGGUAUCACGGCAUCUGAGAAGGACGAUGAGGAUAUGAUAGAUGUUGAUGAGGCCAUGGCCUGCAAGCCUAUCAUUCGCCAAUAA